UUUACAUCUGCACGCGCAUUUUCGUUUCGCGGUACAGGUGGUGUGUAUUUCGCAACUAGUUUCGUGGUAGAAAUCAAUUAAACUAGUGCUUAAAACUCCGUUUCGGAGUUGGUUAGUGUUUGGUGCGUGUUCUUGCUUAAUUCUAAAGAAAAAUGAGCGAUACAUUCAUGUCGGAGAGUGAGGAAGAAGGGGGCGAUUUUUCAGCGUCCGAAGACGAAUGGUUGCCCGGGAAAUCGGAUGGCAAGAACAAACGAAAGCGGAACGAUUCUUCAGAUAGUGAAGCUGUUUCCGACGAAUCGGAUGGCCACUCCGAAGAUGAUGAGAUAACCUCCAAAACAGUUGGCAAAGGCAAACAAAUGGCCAAAAACAACCAACGAUUCCACAAAAGCAACACGAAAGGCAAACCGCCAACUAACCGCACCGGAAAGGCAACUGGAACCAUUGGAAGAGCAUCAGUAAAGCAAAGCUCAUAUCAAGAUUCCGAAUCCGACUCUGGCGACGAACAUCUUGUUGAUCCCACUAAACUGGAUCUAAAUUCAAAGUUUUUUGCUGCUAUCUCAUCGAGCUCACUCGCUGGCGGAAAGGUAGCCGCACAAGAUGCCGCCCCAGUGUUCGAUUGUAACGCUGGGAUGGGAAAACUCUCCGAUAGUUCAGAAGAGGAAGACGAUGCUGUGGUACAGCACGACAAUAGCACUCCCGAAGACCGUAAGGGGCGAAAGUUGAUAGCGAAAAUUAACGAAGCGUCGCAGGCGUACGUAAAUUUCCAGGACUUUACUAAAACGCUCGAAACGGCCAAGAACCAUCUCGAAAGCGCUACGAAAAAGCAACAGCAACUCACUGCCGGCAAUGCGAUCGACAUUUCGAGCCUGCUUGCGAUGGGUGAAAAGAGUUCGACGGUGGCCGAAAAACCUGUCCAUUCCGCCAAAGGAACCACAUCCAAGUCGCGUAAGGCAGCAAAGAAGCAGGCAGAAUCCGACUCCGACUGGGAGGAAGUUGAAGAGGGUGCCGAGCCGGCUAGUACGUCCCGUGCAGAAACGGUUCAAAUCACCCUCAAACCGGAGCUGGCAAAGCAGAAGAAGAAAAAGUGUACCGAAAUCGACGUGGAGGCGUACAUCAACCGGAUGAUCAAUCGCGAGAAACGGGACGCUCAGCUGGUAUUGCACAAGGUGACCAUCAUAAUGGGCAUUGCGCAUGGGAACUUUACCAACGGCGUGUUGAAUUCGCCCACCUUGCUGGCAAUCGGCAAUGCGCUCAUACCAUCGGAACGGUGCUAUCCCAACGGUCGCACCAAUGUGCAGUACUUUCAGCAGAUCAUGCAGUACUAUCGCGAAAUCGUUGAUCUGAAGGACAGGCGAAUGUUUGUGAACAGCUGGAAAAGGCUGACGUUGGAAAAAUCGCUUCGCCUUCAGCUGCUCUCACAGAUGGCCAACUGUAAGCGGGAUUACAUUUUGAUGUUCAUCAUACUGCUACGCUCUAUCGGCGUGCAGUGUCGGAUGGUGACAUCGUUACAGGUGGUGCCGAAGGUGCUGUCCAACUCCGAUCUGCUGAAAGUGGUACCGGCAAAGGAGAAAAUGAAAGUGGCCAAUGACACGAAGAAAAACGUCGAGAGCGAUCAUGAUUAUGGCGAGGAAAAGAAGAAAAAAGCUAAAGCAAGCAGGAAACGAAAAUCUUCCCCUGUCGAAAUUCCGCAGCUAGAUGGAGCAGAUGAUACGGAAAGCAGCCGAAGUAACCGUUCCAAGCAGAAGCGAACGUCAGCUGUGCCGCCGGAUGGUAACACGAAGGUGUCGAAGGAAGCAACUAAACCGGUCAGUAUUUCACCGCGAAAAACACGAAAACAACGAAUGAAUGAAGCAAAGACUACAGAAAAGGACGAAACGACAAAGUCUGUAGAAAAAAAUAGUAAACCAUCUAAAGAGGCUAAAAAUGUAAAAAGUAAGUCCGAACAGGUAAAGGCACCCACCACCAGCUCCCAAGAUAAAAACGGCGAAUCCUCCAAAAUGAUACGAAGAGAUUAUGAAGCGAAGAAAGACAAGAAUGACAAACUGCCAGAAAAAUCAACCAGCAAACCAACUACCAAAUCCACUACCAUAUCCACUACCAAACCCACUACCAAAUCCACCACCAGUACACCUUCGCCCGUCAAAAAGAUCGUCAAAAUUGAACGGUUCAAUCCGAAAACGAGAAAACUGCUCAAAAACCCAGUGCUAUCGACGGACGACGACGAAAGCAACAACAAAACGAGCUCGUGCAACAAACUAAAUCUGUGGAUUGAAGCCUUUGCCGAGGAGGAGCAACGCUGGAUUCCGUUGGACGUUACGCGCGGCCUGAUGGAGUGUGUCAAUGAAAUCGUCCAGCAAGCAUCCACCCCUAUGCUGUACGUGCUCGCCUGGAACAACGACGGCUCGAUAAAGGACAUCUCUGCGCGCUACUGUGCGGACUAUCUUACCGUAACGAUUAAACAUCGCAUCAUGCAGCAGUGGAUGGACAACGUGCUGGGUCCGUUCAGGGGCGGUAAACAGUGCGCUGCACGGGACGCUGCCGAGGAUCGGGAACUGAACCGUAUACUGGAGGAGCGUCCACUGCCACGCACGGUGGCGGAGUACAAAAACCAUCCUUACUUUGCGCUGAAGCGCCAUUUGCUCAAGUUUGAAGCGAUCUACCCGCCGGAUGCGCCAACGCUUGGGUUUACCUCGGGCAAGGAGCCGGUGUACGCCCGCGAAUGCGUACACACGUUGCAUGCGCGCGAAGUGUGGCUGAAGCAGGCGCGUACGGUGAAAAUGUUCGAAACACCGUACAAGAUUGUUUCCGGCCGGCCCAAAUACGACAGGUCAUCCGGACAAAUGUUACCAUCGCAACCGCUUGAACUCUUUGGCUACUGGCAGACAGAUGAGUACGAUCCGCCUACGGCGGAAGAUGGAAUCGUGCCGCGGAAUGCGUACGGCAAUGUGGAGCUAUUCAAGCCCUGCAUGCUGCCCAAGAAGACGGUCCAUCUGCAACUGCCGGGACUGAACCGAAUAUGUAAAAAACUUCGCAUCGACUGUGCUCAGGCCGUCACUGGGUUCGAUUUUCACGGCGGCAGUAGUCACCCGGUGUACGAUGGGUUCGUCGUCUGUGAAGAAUUUAAGGAUGUAGUUGUUGACGCCUGGCAUGAGGAGCAGCAGGCCGAAGAGCAGCGAGCGAGGGAAAAGUAUGAAAAACGCGUGUAUGGUAAUUGGAAGAAGCUAAUCAAGGGUUUGCUGAUCCGCCGAAAGCUCCAGCACAAGUACAACUUUGAUAAUCUCGUCCAGUAGAACUGGGGCACACGUUUGCUCUGAUUAAUUUCACACAAAUUGAACGAUGUUUAGGUAUGUUUA